UUUUGCACUUUUUUCAUGACGAGUAUACUCGUCGGUAACAGCUAACUGGUUAUUGCGAUUUCACUUGAGAUAGAGGAGAACUACGUGACCAAAUGACGGAUGAGAUCCUCUUAUCGUUCUGCAUUUCGGUCAGGCGUUUCGAGUCAUGGUUGGCGCUUGGACAAGUCAGUCGUGCAAGUAACAGUCUAGAAAGGAAUGCUUCGUUCGAUCGCUAUAGAAAAACUAGUCAGCAAGAUCAGUGAUUCAGUGAUAAUAAUACUCUAAACCGGAGAAUUCACAAGAAUUUCACGACAGUUGUAAUUAAAGAGAAUCAAUUCGUAAUUAAACAUUUUCAAAAUGGGUUCCAUAUUAAGUAAUUUUUACGGACAUCCCAACGAUGACGUCAUUGAUCCAAACAUCGGAUUAACAGGAAAGGAAAAGAGACUCGUAAAAGAAACUUGGAGCAUACUCAAUGCGGAUUCUGUUAAUACUGGCGUCGCCAUUAUGUCAAGUUAUUUUAAGCAGUACCCACAAUACCAGAAAGUAUUCCACGCGUUUAAGGAUAUACCAGUGGAUGAAUUACCAACUAACAACAAGUUUAGAGCGCAUUGCCAAUUUAUUAUCAGCACCCUAAACAAUGCUUUCUGUGCGUUGGACGACGUUUGCCUGAUGAAUGAGACUUUGCUUUCUACUGGACAAAGGCACGGCAGAAGGGGUCAAAGUAGACAAGAGUUUAUCGAUUUAAAAGGCGUGAUGAUGAAAGUAAUGAAAGAUGCCUUAAAAACGAAAUUUUCCGCCGAAGUGGAAGCUGCUUGGGAUAAGACGAUCGACGUGGCAUUUUCAAAAAUAUUCGAAGGAAUGGAGAACGGCGUGCCCCAUGAUGGAGAACAUAAUCAAUCUCAGUGAAGAUCUGUCUCCGUUUCGCUAUCCACUCGAGUGGUAUCAGUGAUUUCAUCGCUGCUCUCAGGGCUCUCUUUCAUCCUAUUUUUCUUUCCCUCUGCUUUUCCCUUUUCGUCGACUGAUUCUUUAUGGUUCAAUUUUCUAUCGCGUUAAACACAUGUAAUUAAAUUUUCUAACCUCUCUUUCCUACAUCAUAGAAAACAAACUGAUGGAAUGCAACUCCUUCGGUGGUGUUUACUUGUAUUUGGUUUUGCGAAAACGGUGUUUGAUUCUGUGGAAAAUCGUGGCGCAGAUCAGUGCUACCAAUGUUCCGAAUAAACCGAGUAAAAUCGCCAGGAGAACGAUAUCGAUUUGUGCCCAAGGAUCUUUUUCUUCUUCGUAAACGUCGCUGGGCUCGAGUGUUAUAGGAAAACUGCAGUCGCAAUGAUUGUCAUUCGAUUGGGAUUAGUUAUUUACGGGAAAAUACAGUUAAUCACAUAAGUAUUCGACCUACGUUGCUUGUAGGAGAAAUUUGUUCAAAUCAAACGAUGCGUGUAAGAUUUUGCAAUAAACUUUUUGCUACAAAAACCAUAGAAAUCAUAGUUUUUCUAUUUACUUCCGUAAAUAAUAGGAAUUUUGAAAAACACUUCAGA